AUGAGCAACACAGAGGAUACGAAUAUCGACGAAGCUACUCAGAUCGCCCAGGAAUACAAGACAUGGAAGGAAUCAGUACCACAGCUCUAUGAAAUGAUGGUGGAGCAUACCAUUGCUUGGCCAACCCUUACAUGUCAAUGGCUUCCUUUCUUGGAAAAAUCAGAAGAGUACUAUACGCAAGAGCUGCUUAUUGGCACACAUACCAAUGAUGAAGAGCCCAACUUUCUUCAAGUGUUACAAGUUGAUUUGCCUUUGGGUGAUAUCCAUGCUGAAACGGAUAAAGCAAGGAAGCCGAGAUGGCGUACACGACAAAAGAUUCGACAUGAGGGAGAAGUCAAUCGGGCGCGUUAUCAACCCUCCAAUCCAAACAUCAUUGCCACCAAAACACGCGAAGCCGAUGUUUUAGUCUUCAAUCGCCAAACAGCAAAGGAAGAGGAGUGCACACCUGAAUUACGGCUCAAGGGUCAUCAGAUGGAAGGAUAUGGUUUGGAAUGGAGUCCACAUGCAGCCACUGCCAAUCAUCUUUUGAGUGCUGGCUUUGACAACAUUGUAUGCCAUUGGGAUAUCAGCGCAUCUACGGAUCCUCUUGCUAGCUACGAAGGCCAUACAGCUUGCGUGGAAGAUAUUAGUUGGCAUGCCACCGAUAUUCAUCUUUUUGCUUCAGUGGGCGAUGAUAAGCGAUUGUUAAUCUGGGAUACACGAUCACCUACCAAACCCACCAACAGUACACAGGCUCAUCAAGCUGAAGUCAACAGCGUUGCAUUCAAUUGGCGACAAGAUUGGAUGUUGGCUACAGGUUCCGCUGACAAGACCAUUGGCUUGUUUGAUAUUCGCAAUUUGGAUAGCAAAUUACAUUCGUUUGAGCUUCAUGAAGGCGAAGUGACUCAGGUGUCUUGGAAUCCACAUGAUCCCGCCAUUCUCGGCUCAGCUGGUUUGGAUCGACGUAUCAACAUUUGGGAUUUGCGACGUAUUGGCGAAGAACAGACGCCAGAGGAUAUGGAGGAUGGUCCACCUGAGUUAUUGUUUAUGCAUAGUGGUCAUACAAGCCGAAUCUCUGAUUUUAGCUGGGAUCCAAUGGAACGAUGGGUGAUGGCAAGUGCUGGUGAAGACAAUAUUUUGCAAUUGUGGGAAAUGACAAAACAUCUUUCUGCCGAUCCUGCUACUAUUGAAGAUCCACCUUUUAGCGAGUUGGAAUAA